CCAAGCAUACUCCUUCGCUCUCCCCACAAGACCAAGCCAGUUUAAUCUCUUACAGGUAGUCUGACAAGAUACUGUCCCUCCGGCAAAUGUUGUUCACACGCCGUCAUUAAUGCUGGUAUUAGGCUUGCUCCUCCACGUAGCCUUCGUUUUGCUUAGAGAAGCAAGGACCGAAGACCGCCUGUGAAGGAAUCAAACCCUGUAAUCUUAAGGUUUCGAAAUUGCUGACCAGCGCGUGGGCCUCACUAUCCAAUCCAGCAUCUUGAUCGACAUCGUAUUCCUAGUUAUUCUCACUCACAGUUGUUCUGUUCCGUUCCCAUCACCAUAUAUGACGAAAGCCUUCAAACAGCUGUACUACGAUGUCGGAAGUCGAACAAGCCCCCAUGGACGUCGAUAAGGAUGCCGCGACACUCAAAGCGCUUGCUCAAGCGAACACGGAAGCCGAGCAUUCGAUGAGCCUUCGAGAUGCACUUCGAUUAUACCCCAAGUCUGUUCUGUAUUGUGUGGUCCUGAGUAUGGCUAUUAUCAUGGAAGGCUAUCAAAUCGGACUGGUACCAUCCCUCUUCGCCCAGCCAGCAUUCCAACGGAAAUACGGGCGCCCUCGCUCCGACGGCUCAUACCAACUCGACAACAGGUAUCAAUCAGCCCUAACUGCUGCUCUUCAAGCAGGUUCAAUCUGUGGCUAUUGGCUCAGCGGUCUGCUCAUUGAAAAGAUUGGUUACAAGAGAACGAUGCAAGGCGCCCUACUGUCAAUCACCUGCUUCAUCUUCAUCGUCUUCUUCGCGCCAUCGAUCGUUCUCCUUGUCGUUGGCGAAGGUCUUCUCGGCAUCCCAUGGGGCAUCAUCCAAACACUGACAACUACCUAUGCCGCUGAAGUGAGCCCAGUUGCUCUCAGGGCGUAUCUGACUUCGUAUGUAAAUCUAUGCUGGGUAAUUGGAGGAUUCAUCUCUACAGGCGUCUUGCGUGGAACUGUCAACAUGGCAGAUCAAUGGGCGUACCGCAUUCCGUUCGCUUUACAGUGGAUUUGGCCUGUUCCCAUCAUUAUUGGCGUCAAUUUUGCACCCGAAAGUCCGUGGUGGCUCGUUCGCAAGAAUAGAAUCAAGGACGCGCGAAAGGCUCUCGUUGAUCUCUCCUCGGCAAGGAAUCUGGAACACGAUGUCGACAGUGUUCUAGCUAUGAUCCGUCAUACCGUCAGCCAGGAAGAGCAUGUUGAGCAGGGGGCUAGAUACCGCGACUGUCUGCGAGGAUCUGCUCUGCGUCGAACAGAGAUCACCUGUGUCGCCGGCGCUGUUCCGUUCCUUGCAGGCACUGGUUUCACAGGUCAGGCAGUUUAUUUUCUAUCUGUCGCAGGCUUGAGCUCUGAUAAUGCCUACAACCUUGGUCUAGGCCAGAAUGCACUUGCGUUCAUUGGUGUCCUCACAUCAUGGGCGCUGAUGCAUCGCUUUGGGCGUCGCACUCUCUAUCUUUGGGGUCUCACAUUUACCUGCAUCAUCCUGCUACUUGUAGGCAUUCUUGGCAGCGUUCCGAGCGGCAGCAACAAGGGCCCGGUCUGGGCAACAGGGGCACUGAUGAUGGUAUACAUGUUCGUGUACACUGCAUGUCUAGGUCCGGUCGCGUACACUAUCGUGGGUGAGACACCAUCCUCGCAACACCGCAACAAGACGGUUGCAAUCGCUCGAAUCUUCUUAAACCUCUUAAAUUUUGGCGGCUCCUGGUUGAAUCCGGCCAUUAUCAAUCCCACUGCAUGGAGUCUUGGGGGAAAAGGUGGAUUCAUCUGGUUCGGAAUUGCUCUUGCCACACUUGUCUGGACGUUCUUCAGAUUCCCUGAGAUGAGGGGUCGCACCUACGGCGAAAUAGACAACCUCUUCCAACGCGAGAUUCCGGCGAGACAAUUCGCAGACACGUCUGCACAUGUAGCAGCUGUAGACUAGUGGAGGCAUAGCGCUACGCACCACUAUGUGCAAUCGGGCCGGGCAUGUAUAUUCGAUAUAUUCAAGACGAAUGAAUGGGCAACAGGUACUCAUGCUUGAUGGAUCCUGCAAGAAUGGCGUGAUUGAGUCGCGAUGUCCUGUCGUGCAAUGUUUCAUUGAAUUCAUCGUUUGCAAA